AUUUAGCACAAUCAUCGUGGUGGGUGUGGAGAUGGAUUCAUUGUCAUGGUUGUUCUUGGAGCACUUCCGAGAGUAUAACCAGUGGCCGUGGCGGAGCUUCAACCCUUUGGAACAGCAACUGGCGCAUCAUCCAUCCUUUGUAUUUGCAGAGGUCUUGUUCUUUCUGCUCUCUGGGUUUGCAUUUCUUCAUGCAGCCUGCGAAUCCUACGCCAAAGAGGAAAGGCGAUUGAUGCUGAUUUGGGUUGCCACUUUCAUAGUAGGCACCGUCAAUGACUACAUCUUCAUGCUCCUUCCUGUGGUUGACAAUUUUUGGCAGGCUCAGGGCUUGAUCAUGCUGACUCCCCGAAUGCCACUGUAUAUCCCCUGCGUGUACAAUGGCUUCAUGUAUUGGUCUACUGUUGCGGCAGCCAGAGUUUUUCGACAUGCACGCAGCAGUGCGUUAGCAGAAGCGAGCUUUGCAGGCUUGCUCGCCAUGAUCUUCUAUGCUCCUUACGACAUGUGUGGCGCAAGAUUCCUCUGGUGGACUUGGCACGACACAGACCCCGGUGUGGCACUCCGCUGGUUGGGCGUUCCGGGAGGGAGCACCGCAUGGACCAUCACUUUCACGGCUUGUUUCUCCCUCUUGCUGCGCCUAGGAGCGGAUCUUGGAUGGAGUCAAGUCAAGACACUGGCCUUGGCCUGCUGGUCUACCCCUCUCAUGAUCAUAGUGCUCAACGUUUUCACAGUUCUUGGCUUGGAUAGGAUCGGAAUGCCUGGUCCGCAAACAGUUUUGGCUGCUACUCUUUGCUUUGCAGCGAUGUGCAUUUGCCAACCGAAGCCGGAGGCUUGGCCUCAAAAGAAGGCGCAACUUCUCAAUGGCCCAGAGCAUUGGUCGGUCCGUGCAAUGCUUUGCACAUAUUUUGCAACGCUGGUCCUGGUGGGCUUACUCUUCUCUCCAGAGAAGCAGGUGUCCACUGGCGUUCAUCAGCAAUUUGGCUCGUGUGAUGCUACCGACAUCGACCUGAUGGGUUAUGAGCGCAAGCGUUACAUUUGCCGCGAGCGUUUCCCUACGACCUACUUCCAUUUUGAAUGCCGAAUGCCCGAGGCGGGAAUGGAACAGAUCACCCCAGAGGCAGCCUUGACAGAUGGAGUGGCCUCCUGGUACACUAUCUGCGGACAGCCGCACGCUGACUAUCAGAAUUGGCUUUCUGGCUUGCUGGUCCUGUGUGGAACAGGUGCUUUGCUAUUCUUGUUUGCUUUCUCAACAUAUCUCAAGGAGGAAUCUGGAUGCAAGAUGCCUCCGUCUGUGGUGGAAAGCGAAAACCCGGAAGUGAAGGUCUCGGAUGAGCUUGGAAAGCGGCAACCUCGUUCAUCUACUCCUCGUCGGAAAGGCUGGUACACCAAGUGCACCACAACAGUCCAGCCAUUCAAGGUGAAUCAGACAGGAGGAUUGAAACUGGAAUCAUCUUUGCGAACUUGUUAA